CUUGCACGGAUUGAGGAGUGGAUAGAAAAGAAACUGGAGCGUGCAUGAAGGAUCACAUUGUUUCUCUGCACCGAUUCACGCCUAACGGAAUUUAUAUCAGUCUGAGACGGUGCGGGUUGUGAUACAUCUCUGGUACAGGAUGAUGAAGUUUCGGUUCAGACGGCAGGGAAAUGACCCUCAUCGUGAGAAAAUCAAGCAGGAUCUGUUUGCAUUCAAUAAGACAGUUGAACAUGGAUUCCCAAAUCAGCCAAGUGCUCUGGCCUAUGAUCCCAAACUGCAGCUUAUGGCUAUUGGAACUAAAUCAGGAGCCAUCAAAAUAUAUGGUGCCCCUGCAGUGGAGAUGACUGGACUUCAUAAAGACACUGCUGCUGUCACACAGAUACAUUUCCUUCAUGGACAGGGGAGGAUUCUUUCUCUGUUGGAUGACAACACCAUUCACCUGUGGGAGAUCAUACAGAGAGAAAACCGCUCUCAUUUGGUAGAGGUUCACAGCUUCACGCUUCCUGGAAGGCCAGGCAUCGAGAGCACUAGUGCGACCCGUGUGACCGUUAUGCUGUUGAAUCUGAGCUGUGAUCUUCUUGCUGUGGGCACUGAAGGUGGUGGAGUGCACUUCCUGGAGCUGCCCAGCCUUACACUGCUGAACAAGUCACUAUUCCAGGAUGAGAUUAUGCAGAGCGUUCCAGAUAAGUACAAGUGUGGGAAAUCAUUGGGGCCUGUGGAGUCCCUACAGGAACAUCCAAAGGACUCAGAUAAAAUCCUCAUUGGAUACAGCAGAGGUCUGGUUGUACUUUGGGACCUUAACAGUCGACACAUAGACAAUGUCUUCCUUGGAAAACAGCAGCUGGAGAGUUUGGUCUGGGAACGUUCGGGGAACAGCUUUGUCAGUUCCCAUAGUGAUGGUGGAUACAUGGUGUGGGCUGUCAGCAGCAGCAAUCGCUGCACUCAUGAUCCCGUCUCUUCCACCAUACCAUAUGGCCCUUUUCCCUGCAAAGCCGUGAACAAGAUAUUGUGGAGAACAACAGAAUCAGGAGCUCCUCUAGUGCUGUUCAGUGGCGGUAUGCCCAGAGCGAGCUAUGGAGACAGACACUGCUUAACCAUCCUACAAGACCACAACCACGUCACACUUGACUUCACCUCCCGUGUCAUAGACUUCUUCACCAUUCACUGCACAGACAGAGAUCAGGUAGAAUUUGAUGACCCUUCAGCCCUUGUUGUUCUUUUGGAAGAAGAGCUGGUGGUGAUUGACCUUCAGAUGGCUGGCUGGCCCACAGUACCUGCUCCUUACCUGGCUCCUCUACACUCCUCCGCCAUCACCUGUUCAUGCCACAUCUCAAAUGUGCCGCCCAAGCUGUGGGAGCGAGUGAUCAAUGCUGGCCAACAACAGUGUCCUCUGCAGAACUUUGAGAAUUGGCCGAUAUGUGGAGGGAAAAACUUAGCACCUGAUCCAAAGCAGAAAGAACUGCUGUUAACUGGUCACGAAGAUGGCACAGUGCGUUUUUGGGAUGCGUCUGGAGUGUCGCUCAAACCACUGUACAAACUUGGCACGGCUAACAUCUUUCAAACCGACUGUGACCACAACGACAGCCUGACCCAGGCCGGGGAGGAGGAAUGGCCUCCUUUUAGAAAGGUGGGCUGUUUUGACCCAUAUAGUGAUGAUCCCAGACUAGGAAUCCAGAAGAUCAGCCUCUGUAAAUAUAGUGGGAAAAUGGUGGUGGCUGGCACUGCUGGACAAGUUAUAGUUAUGGUUCUUGGUGAUGAAAAGUCUGAUCACAUGAUUGAUGUAGCCACAGUGGAUCUUCUCCAGGACCGGGAGGGUUUUACGUGGAAGGGUCACGACCGGCUGCCUCCUAAGAGCGGCUCUGUGGUGUUUGCUCCUGGAUUCCAGCCAGUCGUCCUGGUGCAGUGCAUGCCCCCCGCAGCCGUUACCGCGGUAACUCUGAAUGCUGAGUGGAACCUUAUUGCGUUUGGCACUAGUCAUGGGUUUGGCCUCUUUGACUACCAUCGGCGAAGUCCAGUGCUGGCGAGGUGCACUCUACACCCCAAUGAUUCUCUGGCUAUGGAGGGCCCUCUCUCGCGAGUGAAGUCUCUAAAGAAAUCCUUACGGCAAUCCUUCAGAAGAAUCCGGAAGAGCAGAGUUUCAGGAAAGAAACGUGCUGUGGUUAAUAGUCCCACCUGUAAAGUGCAGGAGGCUAAUGCACAUUUGGCAGAGCAUGAUGCGGAGGUGACACCGGUUCAGAGACGGAUUGAGCCCCGCUCUGUUGAUGAUUCACUGUCUGGUGUGGUGCGCUGCCUCUGCUUCGCUGACACAUUCCUCAGAGAUGGAACACACCAUGGUCCUACCAUGUGGGCUGGCACAAACUCUGGCUCGGUUUACGCGUAUGCUCUGGACGUCCCCUCUCAAGAGAAGUUCUCGGAGCAGAGCGUGGAGGCCCUGCUGGGUAAGGAGAUCCAGCUGAUGCACAGGGCUCCAGUGGUGUCCAUUGCUGUUCUGGAUGGUCGAGGGAACCCUCUGCCUGAGCCGUACGAAGUCUCGAGAGAUCUGGCCAAAGCACCAGACAUGCAGGGCAGCCACUCUGUUCUUAUUAUUUCUGAGGAGCAGUUUAAGGUGUUCAUGCUGCCUAAGGUAAAUGCAAAGACCAAGUUCAAGUUGACCGCCCAUGAAGGUUGUCGAGUACGGAAGGUGGCACUGUCAAACUUCACCAGCGUAACCUCUGAGGACUACUCCGAGAACACGCUAGUGUGCCUCACAAACCUCGGUGACAUCCACGUGUUUAGUGUGCCAGCACUGAGACCACAAGUACGCUAUGACUGCAUCCGUAAAGAAGACAUCAGUGGCAUUGCCUCCUGUGUGUUCACCAAGACUGGACAAGGAUUCUACUUGAUCUCGCCGUCAGAGUAUGAGCGGUUCUCGCUGUCUGCCCGUGUGAUCACAGAGCCACUGUGCCAGGUGGAUGUGGAGCGACCUCAUGACCUUUCUGAACACAGCAGUUCUAGCAUGACAGUCCCAACACAGGCUAAUGGAACACAUAAGACACAAGCAGAGGGCAAGUCUGUGGAAGCUGAAGGGCUGUUGGAGGAAAUGCGGAGUGCCUUGUCCUCGCCUGUCCUUGAUUCUCCAAACAGCAGCGCUGAUAUCAAUCUGGACACCACUGGUGAGCUCACCAUGGAGGACGUCAAAGACUACUUAAUGAGUGUGGAUGAAGCUGAGAAUAACUUCAGGAACAUCAGUGAAGAGGAUGGAAGGCCUCCUGGAAUCCUCAUCAGCUGAGACGAGCUGGCAGACAGCUUGAGGGGCAGUUAUGGGAACAACUCAUCAGCUGAACUCAUUACUUCUAAUUGGGACCUGACGUUGCACCAUGAAGAUUUUACAAUGGGAAUGUCGCACUUUUCCCUGUGCCAAAAGACUGAAUGAUUCAUUCUGUGAUACUCUUCUCCUUCACCUUUUACUCCAGUUUCAUUUUUUUUCCCCUCAUAAAAUGGUACAUUUGAGAAGAAGUGACUUUUAAAGGUAUUGGAUGAAGAAAACGACCAAGAUAUGUUGCACAAUGUCCGUUUGCAGGUAGGGGGCUGUUUGAGCUUACAGUGACCCCAUGAAGUAUUUCUUUUCUUUUUAACAUUCCUUUUUUCCCCAUGUCACCUCUCGUCUCACUUGGUGACAUUAAUUAAUUUACGCUAAAUCAAAUAGGAAAUACAUGUAUUUAAAGUUUUGACUUUAUCUUGCUUCUUGAGUUAAUUUCCUAAAAUACAUGGAUGCUACAGUCAAAUAAUAUCUGUUUGGGUUACCAACUGCGCCUUGUGUAGGUUGUUUAUUGUGGCACCAAGGAAAAUAUCUUUAAAAGUCAAAUUAAGGCAGAACUCAUUUAGAAGUUUGAACAUUUAAGUGCCCUGCUCAUUUAAGUAGGAGAAAGGUGUUUAGUCUGUAUGAAGUGUUUACUUUUUUCCUCCUGACAGCCUCUUCAACAAUAUCUGUGAUACUGUGAUGGUUUCUGAACACAAAUCAGGAGUCUAUUGAAAAGUUCAAGUUAUGGACCCUGUGGGUUUGAUAAGAGAGAUUUUCCUUUCAGUCGUCGUUAUUAUAAUUAUUUUUAAAUAAUGUCCCAUAACCACUUGCCAUUUGUAUGCAAUUCUGGCAGUUUACUGUGAAGGCUAUAAUUUGAAGGAAUAUGUGUAAGUUCAUGUUACGCAUGUGUUUGCAUUAACAAAUUAUGAUUGAGCUAAUUACUUUUUCUAUUUACACAGUAUACUUUAGAAUAAUUUUAUAUGACUUAGAAGGGUUGGGAUUUUGUACUUUAUAGAUCUGUCACUGGUGUUUAGGUAACGAGGCAUUUAUAACACUGCAUUUUGUUUCAAGUAAUUACUACGUGAACGUUAGGGGUUAGUUUACUGAAUAGACAGAGAAUCGAUUAUGAAGGAAUAGGAUGAGUGUGGAGCACAGUCACAUUUUAAAUGAUUUGGGAAACGAUUGGCUCAGAUCAGAUAAUGCAGUUUUCAGUAAGUGGGCUUUUAGUUAUGUAAAGAAAAUUACUUGUAAAUAGACAUGCUUAUUUACAUCAACUACAAAGAAAACAAUUGCACAUAAAUAAUUUCCCUGAUAUCAGUGACCUUUCUCUACGUAUUACCUGCAUUUGUUUAGUCUGUUAUACGUUUCAAAAGGACCUCACUAAUUGUAGUCGUUUUAUGUUUGUAUAUUUUUGAUGCCAUUAACCUUGCUCCAUUCAGCAACUAUCCUGUGAACCUGUAUUUAAGUUUUAUUUUUCUUGUGUAGAAUUUUAAUUUGAGAUAUGGCAAUGCUAAAUAAAAAUCUUGAAUGUUAAUAAAGUAUCUAC